UCAGUUGGUUCGCCGUCAUGACGCUCAACGGACGACCGGCGGCGUUCCGCCUCGCUUUCGCUGCGGUGGUUUUCGGAUCCUACGUGCAAGCCACACCCGAGAUACCCUCGUUUUUGCGAAUAUGUCGUCGGAGCGAUCCUCAUCUGAACGAGUGCGUGAAGCACAGCGUGAACUCGCUCCGGCCCUACCUGAAAUCGGGCAUUCCGGCGCUUCAUAUCCCGCCGUGCGAGCCGCUGAAUGUGCCGGAGAUCGAGCUUAGCCAAGCCUCCGGACCCGUAUCCGUCAGCUCUAGUUACUCCAACAUCGAGAUCUGGGGCGGCACCGAAUUCAUACUCAAGAGCGUCAAACUCGACUUGGACAAAUCGCGCAUUCGGCUCAAACUCAAUAUCCCCCGGCUGGAGAUGCAGGCCGAUUACACGAUGCAAGGCAAAAUCCUGAUGCUACCGAUAAUGGGCCACGGCCGCGCGCUGGGCAACUACACCGACAUAGACGUCAUCACGACGAUCCAGGGCGAGCGCUACCAGGACCGCAACACGAGAAAGACGCAUUUCCGCGUGCUCGAGUUCUACUGUGAUUUCGACGUCGGCCACGCCAACAUUCACCUCGACAAUCUGUUCAACGGCGAUGAAACUCUCGCCGACGCCAUGAAUCUGUUCCUCAAUGACAACUGGAAGACCGUGGCCGCGGAAAUCAAGCCUGGCUUGGAGGACACCGUUUCCAAAUUGUUCAAGAAUUUCUCCAACAAAAUCUACGCAAAGUAUCCUCUCGACACUCUGCUGCCACCGUGA